AUGCUGAUCCCCAAAAGCCACAGAAAGACUAUCUACGAAUACCUCUUCAAUGAAGGUGUUGCUGUUGCAAAGAAAGAUUUCAACUUAAAACAGCAUCCCAACAUUGAGGGCGUCUCCAAUCUUGAAGUGAUCAAGGCUUUGAAGGUUUGAAUUUUAUUUUAUUUUUUUUUUUCACUCGGUUGUACUUUUAGAAAAUUCCCAAAAACUCUGAUAGCAUUACGCUUAAAUGAAAAAAUUUUGAUACAAUUUGAUAAUUAAUGCCGUGUUCAAAUUAAUUUCUGCGAAAUAAAAAAUUAUCUCUGAAUCUCCAAAAUUCACUUAUCUUUUUCUUUCUCUGACGGCAAUUUUGCGAUUCGCGGAAUCAGUUUGACCACUGAAUUACACUGCACACAGAAACAGCGGGUUAUAUGUUCCUAUCGUACUUCCGCAUAAAUCUUUCAAACAACCUAGCCUGCCAUUUUGAAUAAAUUGCUCAAAAAACUCAUUAAAUCUUCAACCUACCGAAGUUAUCAGUGGAUUAGCUUUGAAAAUUGCAUUAAAUAUGCUUGAUCAAAACUCUGUCAAAAAAAAAAAUCUGUUUUCUGUUCAUUUCUAUAAUCUUCAAAAGAGUUUGUUCUGAUGGCGGGUUCAUCGAACAAAACGGAAAUUGCUUUGAGACGAAAAAAAAAAUUGGUCCAAAAGAAAAAAGUAUGUUUAUGGACUGUUUUGGAGAAAUUUUGUGAGGAGAUUUUCUGUUUCUUUUUUCUAGAUAUAGUUUUUUUACUCAGUUUUUAAAAACAUCCGCUGAAUUGUUUUUUCAGUCAAGGUAGAAGGAAAAUAAAUAUUUAAACCUAUAUGGCCCAGUCAAAAAUUUUAGCUGGCGCGAUAGAAGGCGCAAAAGUUUUGCAUGAAAUCGGAUCAAAUAGAGAAAGUAUUUUUUCCCGAAGUUAGCUUUAUCUCGAACACACAGCCAGAUUUUUUUUUUUCAAACGGCACAAUAAAAAUUCUUGGUCUAGUUUAUUACAUUGAUUUAGAAACAAUUAAUGAAUGAAUGAUUGAUCUGUUGAAACGGGUUUUCACAUCUAUUAUAACUUCUUUUUAUUUCUUUUUUUGCAAAUUGAUUGAUAAUUUUUUUCGUUCAAAAACCGCAUUUCUAUAUUCUAAAUUGGAAUGCAGUAGUUCAUAAUUCAAAGCAUUAGAGGGUUAAUCAGCAUGUUCAAGACGGCCGGUCGUAGUACGGCAGUCAAGCUAGGUUUUUCGGUAAUAAUAUAUAAACUUGUGAACUUUUUGUGACGUAACUUAUCUUGUAACCUCUAGAAAUAGGUCCUUAACAAAUUGCAAGGAAGAAAAAAAAAAUGUUAGUCGCACUGAGUCAAAAAGCAUUGGAUCUUUUCCUGGCUCCGAAACUGACGGCGCAAUAUUAACCGGCCGCGGUCGCACUGUCUUAAACAUGCGUGAAUAACUUACCUUUUUCAGAGUCUUGCUUCUCGUGAGCUUGUCAAGGAGCAGUUCGCAUGGCGCCACUAUUAUUGGUACCUUACGGAAGCCGGAGUGUCUUACCUCCGCCAGGAGUUGAACCUCCCUGCUGAAAUCGUUCCUCAAACGAUGAAGACCAAGCCUCGAGAAAUUCGUUUCCCUACUGCUGAAAGAACAGCUCGCCCGUGUACGUUUUUUUUUGUUGCGAAAAAGUUUUCUUCAGGUUUUAACACUAAUGAGGGGUAUUAAAUAUUGUCAGAAGGAGUUUGCUUGAAAGAAAAAAAGUGUAAUUUACGAAUGCGAAAGUAUUUAUUCUUAAUUGAAAAGCGUGAAUAAUGAACUUACCUUAGGCAAUGGUGGGGGACGCGCCGGGUUUCUGUCUUUUAUUUUAGCCUUUUGAUUGGGAAAACCUUUUAAAAUGGUUAGUUUUUUAUAAUACUUAUUAGUGUACAUGCUCACUUUUAAAACCGGUUUCGAGCACAUUUGUGCGAGUUUUUGAAGAACCAUAUUUAAAUUGAAAAAUAGAUGUAGUUGAGUUUUAUGGGUCGAAUUUUAUGUUAAACUAAUGCCGUGUUCAAUUUGAUUCCGCGUAAUGCAAAAUACCCGUUAGAGAAAGGAAAAGAUCACCAAAUUUUGGAGAGUCAGAGAUCAUUUUGCGUUUCGCGGAAAUUACUUUGAACACGGCAUAAGCAUCAUGAUGAGAGGAAACGCAUGAAAAUGAAGAAAAGCCGAAUUUAUAAGCUUAAAUGGACAAAAAAAGGCAAAAAAUUAGCGGAGACUACUAGCGCGUCCCCGCCUGAAGCGCAGCGCGCUCGCCACCAGUGCCUGAGUACGUGAAAGGAAAAGUCAGUAAAAAAAAUUGAUAUAUUUCUUUUCUUUUUUUUAACUUUUUGGAAUAGGUUCUUACAUGAAAUCUUUCAUUGAAAUUUUUACGGAAUUUGAAGUAGACAUUCGAUAUCUGUCUAGCAAAAAUUUCUAUUUUGGAAAAGGGCAAAUUAGUUUUGAUUGUUGGGUCACGGAUAUAAUUUAAUUCUUUCUGUGAAGUUAUUUUUUUGAAUCGUUAAAAAAAUAUUUUUUCAUCAUGAGAGAUAGUGAAAAAGUCCAAGAUCGUGUAUUUAUUUCAGCUUCUGCCAAGGAAGGAGAUCGCGAAGCAUACAGAACUGAGAAGGUCACUGAGGCUGGGCCAGGAGCCGCUCCAGUUUACAGGGCUGGAUUCGGACGUGGAGCUCCUCCGCCGCAAUAA